AUGGGAGAAAUGGCGAAUAGCUCGGUCGACAAGAAGAAGCGAGGCAGUGGGGCAGGAGGAGGAGGAGGAGGAGGAGGAGAGGGGAACCACCAUGGGGACUUUGGGGUCACCAUGGAGGAGCUGAGGGACCUGAUGGAGCUGCGUGGGGCCGACGCCCUGCAGAAGAUCGAGGAGAGCUUCGACAGCACCGAGGCCAUCUGCCACAAGCUCAAGACUUCGCCCACCGAAGGUCUGUCGGACAAUGAGGCGGACCUGCAGAAGCGCAAGGACGUGUUUGGCCAGAACUUCAUCCCCCCCAAGGAGCCCAAGACCUUCCUGGAGCUGGUGUGGGAGGCUCUGCAGGACGUCACCCUCAUCAUCCUGGAGAUCGCCGCCAUCAUCUCCCUCGGACUGUCCUUCUACCAGCCGCCCGGCGAGGAGAGCGAAGCGUGCGGUAAUGUACAAGCGGGCGCUGAAGACGAGGGCGAGGCGGAGGCAGGCUGGAUCGAGGGCGCCGCCAUCUUGUUAUCGGUGGUGUGUGUGGUGCUUGUGACGGCGUUUAACGACUGGAGCAAGGAGAAGCAGUUCAGGGGCCUGCAGAGCCGCAUCGAGCAGGAGCAGCGCUUCGCUGUGGUGCGCAGCGGCAACGUCAUAGACGUCCCCGUGGCCGAGAUGGUGGUGGGGGACAUAGCCCAGGUCAAAUACGGUGACCUCCUGCCGGCGGACGGAAUACUGAUCCAGGGUAACGACCUGAAGAUCGAUGAGAGCUCGCUGACUGGGGAGUCUGAUCACGUCCGCAAGGCCGUGGACAAGGACCCCAUGCUGCUCUCAGGCACUCAUGUCAUGGAAGGAUCUGGAAGGAUGGUGGUCACUGCGGUGGGGGUCAACUCUCAGACAGGAAUCAUUUUCACUCUCCUGGGUGCCGGAGAGGGAGAGGAGGAGGAGGAGAAGGAGAAGAAGGAACCAAAGAAAGAGGGCACUAGUAGUUCAUCUGUGCAGUAUCCUGCUGCAGUCGACACCAAACAGAUGACCAUCACCAAUGGAAAGCAAGAUGGAAACUUGGAGAACAAUCCUAAUAAAGCCAAGAAACAGGAUGAAGCGGUAGCUAUGGAGAUGCAGCCUCUGAAGAGCGCGGAGGGCGGCGAGGUGGAGGACAGCGCCAAGAAGAAAUCCAGCGGCCCCAAGAAGGAGAAGUCCGUCCUGCAGGGCAAACUCACCAAGCUGGCCGUGCAGAUUGGCAAAGCAGGUCUGGUGAUGUCCGCCAUCACGGUCAUCAUCUUGGUGGUGUACUUUGUGAUCGAGACGUUUGUGGUGCAGGGCCGCGUGUGGAUGACCGAGUGCACCCCGGUGUACGUGCAGUACUUCGUCAAAUUCUUCAUCAUCGGCGUGACUGUGCUGGUGGUGGCCGUGCCCGAGGGCCUGCCCCUGGCUGUCACCAUCUCGCUGGCCUACUCUGUCAAGAAAAUGAUGAAGGAUAAUAACUUGGUGCGCCACUUGGAUGCCUGUGAGACUAUGGGCAAUGCUACAGCCAUCUGCUCGGACAAGACUGGUACCCUGACCACCAACCGGAUGACAGUGGUGCAGGCCUACACGGGGGACCAACGCUUCCACGAGGUCCCAGACCCCAGCCAGAUCAACUCCAAGACCUUAGACCUGUUAGUUAGUGCCAUUGCUGUCAACUGUGCCUACACGUCCAAGAUUCUGGCGGCUGACCAGGAGGGAGGCCUCCCCAAGCAGGUGGGCAACAAGACGGAGUGCGCCCUGCUGGGCUUCGUGCUGGACCUGAAGAGGGACUACGCCACCGUCAGGGAACAGAUCCCCGAGGAGAAGCUCUACAAGGUCUACACCUUCAACUCGGUCCGCAAGUCCAUGAGCACCGUCAUCCAGCUGCCCGACGGCUCCUUCCGCAUGUACGCCAAAGGCGCCUCCGAGAUCCUGCUCAAGAAAUGCACCUCCAUCCUGGGAGCUAGCGGGGAUGCGCGUGCCUUCCGACCGCGCGACCGUGACGACAUGGUGAAGAACGUGAUAGAGCCCAUGGCCUGCGACGGCCUGCGCACCAUCUGCGUGGCCUACAGGGACCUGCCGGCCAGCCCCGAGCCCGAGUGGGACAACGAGGCCGACAUCAUCACCAACCUCGUCUGCAUCUGUGUUGUCGGCAUCGAGGACCCCGUACGCCCGGAGGUGCCCGAUGCCAUCAAGAUGUGCCAGAGGGCUGGCAUCACGGUGCGCAUGGUGACAGGGGACAACAUCAACACGGCGCGUGCCAUCGCCGCCAAGUGUGGCAUCAUCCAGCCCGGAGACGACUUCAUCUGCCUGGAGGGGAAGGACUUCAACCGGCGAAUCAGGAACGAGAAGGGAGAGAUUGAACAGGAAAGAAUUGACAAGAUUUGGCCCAAACUACGAGUGCUAGCGCGAUCCUCCCCCACAGACAAGCAUACCCUGGUUAAAGGCAUCAUAGACAGCACUGUGUUAGAGCAGCGGCAGGUUGUGGCGGUAACUGGAGACGGCACCAACGACGGCCCUGCACUUAAGAAGGCUGACGUGGGAUUCGCCAUGGGCAUAGCCGGUACGGAUGUGGCCAAGGAGGCCUCUGACAUCAUCCUGACGGAUGACAACUUCAGCAGCAUCGUGAAGGCGGUGAUGUGGGGCCGCAACGUCUACGACAGCAUCUCCAAGUUCCUACAGUUCCAGCUCACCGUCAACGUGGUGGCCGUCAUAGUGGCCUUCACCGGGGCCUGCAUCACACAGGACUCUCCUCUGAAGGCAGUGCAGAUGUUGUGGGUGAACCUGAUCAUGGACACCUUUGCGUCCCUGGCGCUGGCCACAGAGCCCCCCACAGAGUCCCUGCUGCUGAGGAAGCCGUACGGCCGCAACAACCCCCUCAUCUCCCUCACCAUGAUGAAGAACAUCCUGGGACACGCUAUAUACCAGCUCGUCAUCAUCUUCACUCUGCUCUUUGUCGGAGAAAAGAUCUUCAACAUUGACAACGGCCGCAACGCACCCCUGCACUCCCCUCCCUCCGAGCACUACACCAUCAUCUUCAACACCUUCGUCCUCAUGCAGCUCUUCAACGAGAUCAACGCCCGCAAGAUCCACGGCGAGAGGAACGUAUUCGACGGCAUCUUCGCCAACCCCAUCUUCUGCAGCAUCGUGUUUGGCACGUUCGCAGUGCAGAUCGUGAUCGUGCAGUGGGGAGGGAAGCCGUUCAGCUGUGCGCCCCUCAACGUGGAGCAGUGGCUGUGGUGCCUGUUCGUGGGAGUCGGAGAGCUGCUCUGGGGACAGCUCAUUGCCACGGUGCCCACCAGUCAGCUGAAGUUCCUGAAAGAGGCAGGCCAUGGGACGGGCACUGACGAGAUCAUGGAUGAAGACAUGGGCGAGGAUGAGGAGGAGAUCGACCAUGCAGAGCGGGAGCUGCGCCGCGGACAGAUCCUUUGGUUCAGAGGCCUCAACCGCAUUCAGACUCAGAUGGAGGUAGUGAGCACCUUCAAGAGAAGUGGCUCCUUUCAGGGAGCCGUGCGCCGUCGCUCCUCCGUGCUCAGCCAGCUGCACGAAGUAACCAAUAUUUCUACCCCCACUCACGUAGUUCUCUCCACUGCCAAUGCCUCCUCCGGUGCCACAGGGAAUCCGGGUGGUGAAAGCCUUCCGUAGCUCGCUCUACGACGGCAUCGAGAAGCCCGAGUCGCGGACGUCCAUCCACGACUUCAUGGCGCACCCGGAGUUCAUCAUCAACGACUCGG